AUCUUACCUCCCCCUACACCUAGUUCAUGUCAACUAGCAAUAUGGAUAAAGCUCUAGGCAGCGCCGCGCGCCUCUCGCUCACCAGCACGCGCCGCCUGCCAUCAGGCCACGCGAUCCCGCUGCUCGGCUUUGGCGUGUACCAGGCGCGCGGGGACGAGUGCCGCGCCGGUGUGCAGGAGGCACUCAAGGCAGGCUACCGGCACAUCGACUCGGCGCAGGCGUACAAGAACGAGCACCACGUCGGCGCUGCCCUCGCGGCGUCCGGCGUGCCCCGCGCCCAAGUCUUCCUCACGACAAAGUUCAUGCCGGGGCAUUCCGUGCCGACCGAGGACGAAGUCUACGCGCAGCUCCUCCGCUCCGGCCCGCGCCUCAACCGCGGGCUCGACGGCGCAGGCGGCACCUCGGGCGCCGGGGCAGACGGCUACGUCGACCUGAUGCUCAUCCACGCGCCGCGGCCAAACGAGCCGGCGCGCGCGGUCCACUGGGCUGCGCUGGCGCGCGCCCAGGCCGAGGGGUGGGUGCGCGAUAUCGGCGUGUCAAACUUUGGCGUCGCGCACCUCCGCGCCCUGCCGGCCCCGACGCCGGCGAUCAACCAGAUCGAGCUCCACCCGUGGUGCCAGCAGCGCGACAUUGUCGCGUAUUGUGAGCAGCACGACAUCGCGGUGCAGGCGUACUGCCCCAUCGUGCGCGCCGACCCCAAGCGGCUCGAGGACCCGGUGCUGGUCGGCAUCUCGAAGAAGCACGGCAAAGGCGCAACGCACGUCCUCCUCCGCUGGAGCUUGCAGAAGGGAUACAUCCCCCUGCCGAAGAGCGUGACCCCGUCGCGGAUCAGGUCCAACACCGAGCUGUACGACUUUGAGCUCGACGCCGAGGACAUGGCCAAGCUCGACGCGCUGGACGAGGGCGCGGCGGGGGCGUGCUCCUGGAACCCGGUCAACACGCCGUGAGGCGCGGAGAGAGCCAGUGUGCGCGAGCGCGGUGAGCGAGUAGUGCCGGCGCCCCACAGUAUCCUAUCUACGGCCCAUGUACCAUGUCCGACCUCACUGCCCAGUGUCUAU